AUGAAGAGUCUUCUAGUACUCCUGUUCCAUUUGGCAUUUUCUGCAGCCUACCCACUAGAUCCAGCAGCCACAGCUGGAAAGAUGAGUAUGGAUCGCAUCCAGAAGUACUUGGAAGACUUCUAUCACCUUGAAAAAGAUGGGAAGCAGUUUGUUCGUAGGAGGGACAGUAGACCCGUCGUUACAAAAAUCCAAGAAAUGCAAAGGUUCUUAGGCAUGAAGGUGACUGGGAAAUUGGAUGAUGAUACUAUGGAGAUGAUGAAGAAGCCCAGAUGUGGAAUUCCUGAUGUUUCCUCUUUCAGUUUCUUUCCCUACAUGCCUAAAUGGAGAAACAAUGAAGUUACAUACAGGAUUGUAAACUAUACACCUGAUAUGAAACAACCUGAUGUGGAUGCUGCCAUAGAGAGAGCUCUGAAAGUCUGGAGUGAUGUUACUCCCCUCACAUUCACCAGGCUCUGGGAAGGAGAAGCUGACAUAAUGAUCUCUUUUUCUGUCAAAGAUCAUGGAGAUUUUCUACCCUUUGAUGGACCUGGGGAAGUCUUGGCUCAUGCCUAUCCACCUGGGCCUAAUAUUAAUGGAGAUGUUCACCUAGACGAUGAUGAAAAAUGGACAGAAGAUACGACAGGAAUCAAUUUAUUCCUCACUGCUGCUCAUGAAUUUGGCCAUUCCCUGGGUCUCUUACAUUCUAGCGAUACCACUGCUCUGAUGUAUCCAGUCUACAACUCAAAUACAGACCUCACCAGGUUCCACCUUUCUCAGGAUGAUAUUGAUGGCAUUCAGUCUCUCUAUGGAUAUCCAUCAGACUCUCCUGCUGAUCCAGUUUCACCCACCACAUCUACAGGACAAGAGAUGCCUGAAGGGGACCCAGCAACUUGUGACCCAAACAUAUCCUUUGAUGCGGUGAGCACUCUUCGGGGAGAAAUGUUGUUCUUUAAAGACAGGUACUUUUGGCGGAAGUCCACCAACAGUAUAGAGCCACAACUCCAUUUGCUCUCUGCCUUUUGGCCUUCUCUUCCAUCGGGUUUUGAUGCUGCCUAUGAACUCACUACCAAGGAUAUGGUGUUUUUUUUUAAAGAAAGCAAGUUCUGGGCUGUCAGAGGAAGUGACAUCCAGCCAGGUUACCCAAAAGAUAUCCACACUCUGGGCUUUCCACAAACUGUGAGGAAAAUUGAUGCAGCCUUUUUCGACAAAAGAAAACACAAAACCUAUUUCUUUGUGAACGACAUUUACUGGAGGUAUGAUGAAAAGAGGCAGUCCAUGGAGCCUGGUUAUCCCAGAAAUAUAGCAACUGACUUUCCAGGAGUUGACCAGAAUGUUGAUGCUGUUUUUGAGGCCUUUGGGUUCUUUUAUUUCUUCAGUGGAUCAUCCCAGUUUCAAUUUGAUCCUAAUGCUAAGAUGGUGACCAGAACUCUGAAAAGCAACAGUUGGUUCAACUGUUGA